GUCUGGCCUCAGCAUGGCCACCCUGCUCGUGAGAAGCGCGGUGGCUUCGCUCAUGCAUCCGCUCCUACACCUGAGCCGCUUCGCGGUGAGGCCCCGGGCCUUCUCCUCAUUCCUCUUGGGGACUCUUCCAAGCGCCAGACCCUGCGCAGAGGCGCGCUCACUUCUCUGGGGCCGCCCCGUGCCGCACCUGCAGCUUACACAGGGCUUCAAGACCAAGGGUGUCCUCAGGAAGCGCUGCAGGGACUGCUACAUGGUAAAGAGGCGUGGGCGCUGGUUCGUGCUCUGUAAGACCAACCCCAGGCAUAAGCAGAGGCAAAUGUAAGGGCAAAUGCCCGCGGGGAAUUCGUCUCACCGUGUCAAAGAAAAAUAAAUGUAAGCGUCCUGGAACCUGAGAUCUUUGGGUCUUAAGGUUUUGUUGAACUCGCCCGCUUUCCCCGCUGAAUCGUAGCCCAGUUCUUUCCAUUCUAGUCAGCCCAAAGCUGCAGAUGGAGGAGGAUUGUUACUGUUCCUGCAGCUGUGUGUUGCGCUGCAGGACGGAAGAAACUGGAAUACAAAGCUGGUUUUAUCUCUUGAGACAAGGUCUGGCUCUGUAGCCCGGACUGACCAGAAACUUGCAGAGAACCUCCUGCCUCUGCUUCUCACUCGUUAUCAAAUGCCACAGAAUGCAAGUGCUUCCAAUAAGCCAACUGAGCCGGAAGGUUCCUGAGUGGAGCACUGCAACCCCAGCUUAAAAAUAAACGAUGUUGUUGGAUAGUGACUGUCCCAACCUUUGCUCAAGGAAAACGUUGUUUUUCAGACACCAAUUAAAAAUGUCAGGAUUGUUAUUAAA